UACAUUAUAUUCCCCACAUAACAUUUCCUCUCCACGAUAUUGUUGGAAACAGGAUGGUAAUGUUGAAAACAUUAGGACUUGUUAGUAUAUUUGCGUAUUUUUCUCUUAGUGCUGGAGAGGAGAAUCGAUGUUCCCGUUACCACUAUGAGGAACAAAUACUCUCAAAGGUAGUUAGACUUGAACACAGACUGGAACUAUUAGAGGACAAAGUCACAAACAAGACAGAGAUAUCCAGCCAAAAUCCAACAUGUGCACAAUGCCCGGAUAUGUGGAUACCAUUUCAUGGAUCUUGCUAUCGCUUUGUAGAUGAACAGCUUACAUAUGACAAUGCUAGGUCACACUGCAUUGUACACGAGGCUCAUUUAGUACAUGUCGACACUGAACUAGAAAACGAGUUUCUCAGUAUGUAUCUCCGUGCUUUAAAAGAUGCCUCCUUCUGGAUUGGUCUCGCCGAUAUUAACACAGAAGGGAAGUUUGAAUGGGAUGGUAGCAGCAAAGCAGUGUCAUUUGACAACUGGGGUCCUGGCCAGCCUGACAAUGCCGGAGGAAAGGAACAUUGUGUACAUUACUAUGAUCAGGCCAAACAGAAUUAUAAAUGGAAUGACCACGUCUGUGGACGUUUGUUUAAAUCAAUAUGUGAGAAACGAAACAGCUCUUAAAACAUUGUAGUGCCGGUUGACUACAAAUGAACAUGUAUUUAAACAUCAGUUGAUUGAUUCAUAAUAUUUUAUUGCUUCCCUACACGCAACACAAUACGUGCAUUAAAUACAUAAAUGAAUGAUACAAAUGUUUACAGCCAAUGGGUUAUUUGAAAUUAAGUUUUAUCUAGCUUUGUAGUAAUGUAUUAUAUUUGGGUUAAAGAUAUCCAAUGGCCAUUGUUCACUAAAAUAUAUUAUCUUUAGGUAUUUACUUCAAAUAUGUAAAAUCCUCGUCAAGUAUAAUUAACUUUACUAAAAAUAUAUAGUAAUUGUGUGUAUAGAGCUACAUUCAUAAUUAAAUGUCGUGCAGUAAGUUGAUUGUUAAGAAACUAGCUUCCAGUUUUCAGUGGAUGUUCACAUUUAUACUGUGUUUAGCUCUAAAUGUAUACAAUGUGUACUGUUUUAACCCAAAUGCAUAGUACUGUUAACACGUAUUGAUUUUUUUAUAUUUACAUUUAUUUACAUAAACUAUAUGUACAGUUCGAUUACUAGGUCAUACGUGUUUACACGUUUUCAAACCAAAUUUUCUCUACUUGCAAAAUGACCUUUCUACUUUUUGAUUAUGUUUUGUUUUAGCAUGAGCUCACGUUUUUCUUAUACAAUUAAGACACAUUAAAAUAUGAAACCUUGAGUUAAGGUCCUUUAAUGUUUACAAACAUGAUGUUUACGAAAACGAACUGUAGAAACUGUUUAUGUUUUCAAAUACGGUAUUUUGGUCUAAUGUACCUUUAAACACAUGAUAUUAGUAACUCUAGACUGUGAAAAAGUAUGACAAAAACUACAUGCUACUUUACAGUCAGCUAUAAACCUUAUUGUAAAUCCAUGUCUAGAUAUGUUGGAUACCAUUCUGAGAAUCUUGCUAUCUUUUUUUGGAUAAGAAAACUAUAAUUGAUGAGGCUAGGGUUAGUUCAGAUAAAGUUCAAAUUUGAAAAUAUUUGUUUUAAUGUAAAAUAUCAGCUAAAAUCAAUACUGUCAAUAAAAGUUUGAUUGUGAAAUUCUUAUUAUUACUGUGACUUUUAAAGGGGCGCACAGGUUUACUGCAUAAUAAAUUAAAUAAAAUACUCCUUAUAGACAUCUAGCUGUUCAUCGGAUCCUGUUGUUGCCUAUAUACCGUAUCCAAAAUCAAACUUCAAAAUCUCAGCAAAACGCAACACUUAUUUCAGUCACAAUGCUAGGAAUUUGCUGAACAAUUUCAUAUCCUGGUAUCACUUCCUGCUAAAUGGCGGUCAUCUAGUUCAAACUGAAAGUAAAAGCGCGACAUACAAUAUAUUUCUGAAAAAUCAUUUGAAGAUAAAAAUCAGUAUGGAUGUCAAUAUAUUGUAAAUAGUCUAUUUGCUAAAUGUAAAUGAAUUCUUUACGUCAUAGCUAGUAUUUGAUUAAAAUUAGACUGAUUUACAAAAUAUAUAUAAAUAAAUCUAAGAUGUCA